AUGUUUGAACUUAAGGCUCUUCUGCCUCUUGCGCUCCUCUUUGUCACGUCGACUGCCAUUCCAGUUCUCGAAGAGCGAGCAGCAGCGACUUGUGGUUCUGUUUACUACUCAGCAGCGGCCGUCAACGCAGCUUCCCAGAAAGCCUGCUCUUACUACAAGGCCGGCUCCGCACCCGGUGGCUAUCCUCACACUUACAACAACUACGAAGGUUUCAACUUCGGAGGAGUCGCUGGACCUUAUCAGGAAUUUCCAAUCCUCUCAAGCGGUGCUCUGUACUCGGGUGGCUCGCCUGGUCCAGACCGCGUCAUCAUCAACGUGCCGGCAUGCAAGCAAGCCGGGACUAUUACGCACACUGGUGCGAGUGGGAACAACUUUGUUGCGUGCUCUGGGACCAGCUAG